AUGUCUGAGGGGCCAGGCGGUGCUGGCAAGAUGGCUGCACUUGAGAAGAUGAUGUGUCCCGAGAAGAUGACGUUUCCAGAGAAACCAAGCCACAAAAAGUACAGGGCCGCCCUGAAGAAGGAGAAACGAAAGAAACGUCGGCAGGAACUUGCUCGACUGAGAGACUCAGGACUCUUACAGAAGGAGGAGGAGGACACUUUUAUUGAAGAACAACAACUAGAAGAAGAGAAGCUAUUGGAAAGAGAGAGGCAAAGAUUACAUGAGGAGUGGUUGCUGAGAGAGCAGAAGGCACAAGAAGAAUUCAGAAUAAAGAAGGAAAAGGAAGAGGCAGCUAGAAAAUGGCAAGAAGAACAAGAGAGAGAGUUAAAGGAACAAUGGAAAGAACAGCAGAGGAAAGAGAGAGAAGAGGAGGAGCAGAAACAACAGGAGAAGAAAGAAAAAGAGGAAGCUGUGCAGAAGAUGCUGGAUCAGGCUGAAAAUGAGUUAGAAAAUGGUACCAUAUGGCAAAACCCAGAACCACCCGUGGAUUUCAGAGUAAUGGAGAAGGAUCGAGCUAAUUGUCCCUUCUACAGUAAAACAGGAGCUUGCAGAUUUGGACACAGAUGUUCACGUAAACAUAAUUUCCCAACAUCAAGUCCUACCCUUCUUAUUAAGAGCAUGUUUACAACGUUUGGAAUGGAGCAGUGCAGGAGGGAUGACUAUGACCCUGAUGCAAGCCUGGAGUAUAGCGAGGAAGAAACCUACCAACAGUUCCUAGAUUUCUAUGAGGAUGUGUUGCCCGAGUUCAAGAACGUGGGGAAAGUGAUUCAGUUCAAGGUCAGCUGCAAUUUGGAACCUCACCUGAGGGGCAAUGUAUAUGUUCAGUACCAGUCGGAAGAAGAAUGCCAAGCAGCCCUUUCUCUGUUUAACGGACGAUGGUAUGCAGGACGACAGCUGCAAUGUGAAUUCUGCCCAGUGACCCGGUGGAAAAUGGCGAUUUGUGGUUUAUUUGAAAUACAACAAUGUCCAAGAGGGAAACACUGCAACUUUCUUCAUGUGUUCAGAAAUCCCAACAAUGAAUUCUGGGAAGCUAAUAGAGACACCUACUUGUCUCCAGAUCAGACUGGCUCCUCCUUUGGCAAGAACUCGGAGAGAAGGGAGAAGAUGGGCCACCACGACCACUACUACAGCAGGCAGUGGGGAAGGAGAAACCCUAGUCCAGAGCACUCCUGCAAAAGAAAUGGGGAGUCCAAGAGAAAAAGGAGUAGUCACAGGGGGAAGAAAUCUCACAAACGAACAUCAAAGAGUCGGGAGAGGCACAAUUCACCAAGCAGAGGAAGAAACAGGCACCGCAGCCGGGACCAGGGCAGCCGGAGCCAGAGCCGCAGGAGCCACCGCAGCCGGAGCCAAAGUUCCUCUAGGUGCCGAAGUCAUGGCAGGAGGAGGUCGGGUAAUAGAGACAGAACUGUUCAGAGUCCCAAAUCCAAAUAAACUAGUUUUGUUCUUAAAAAAAAAAAAAAAAAAAAGAA